ACGUUUCUUUUAUCGAUUUUUCUAAGCUGAAUUAUAGGAUCUGCAUCUCGACGCGCAACUUGUUAUGUCUGGGAUGUUUACAAUCUGCCGACUUAAACAUGGCUGGUCAAAAACUCACUCAUUACAGUUAGAGCUCGAAAAGUAAGAAGAAUAGCUUUUACUUUACUCAUACUCGUUUAAAGACAGUCAAGGGGAUUCUAGUGAUAUAACUACAUUUUCCACUUACCGUUUGUGUGUUUUUUUUAAUUUUUUUAUCAGUCUUUCUGUGAGUGUUGAGGUUUAAGCUUGCUAGCUGGAUAUCUUCUCCAUAGAGAACGAUGAGUUCUGCAGCUAGCAAUAGCUGCCUUGCUGCUAAAGGGCUGGACAUAAGUCUGUCUGCCCUGCAGAGACAAGACCCUUACAUAAACAACAUUGUGGACGUGGCCAGCCAAGUCGCCCUGUAUACUUAUAAUAACCGAGCAAAUGAGUGGGAGAAGACAGAAGUGGAGGGCACUUUGUUUAUUUACACAAGAUUGGCAUCUCCUAGGCAUGGCUUCACAAUAAUGAACCGUCUUAAUAUGGAGAAUCUGACAGAGCCCAUCACAAAAGACUUGGACUUCCAGCUGCAGGACCCUUUCCUUCUUUACCGUAAUGCACGAUUGUUUAUUCAUGGGAUCUGGUUCUACGAUAAGCAGGACUGUCAGCGAAUUGCACAAAGGAUGAGGAUUCUGACCCAGCAGGAGCAGAUCCUCGCUCAGUCUCAGGGUGGUUCCUUAUCCCCUAGAGCAGCAGCAGGAGGAGGAGGUGUCUUAGUCGGAGGAAAUAACGAGGCGAAAGCGGUCGACAUCAUUCAGAUGUUGACUAAGGCACGAACAGAGUAUGAUAAGUCUACCUCAGAGCCAAAGGAGAUUGGGGGCAGCAGUGUACUGUGUGGAAAUCCUAAUCUGAUCAAACCAAUACCAGUUAAACCAAACACUCAGGUGAAUGAAGGAGCAGACACCACGGUUGUGACCUUAACCACCCUGUUAGGCUCUCAGCAUCAGCACCACCACCCUCUUAAAUCUGACCCAGUUCCUCCUCUGGCUGCUUCCACGGCAGCAGGAAAGGUCGCCCGCCCACCUGUCGCCCGCACACUGACCUAUGAGGAUUCACUAAACACUGGCAGAAACGUCGCCACCUCGGGAGGUGGAGACCCAGCAGUCGGGCCGGCGGACAGGGAAGAGAGCGGGAACGCUCUCCGCCAACUGCCGAACCAACUUCAGCACUGUCCGGCCAUUGCAAAGCUCAUGCAGGGACAGAGGGGGGCGGCAGCAGCUGGGGGUGUGCUUCAGACACUGUCCGAGUCCCCAGAGAACCGCCUGUGUGACAACGGGGUGCCGCUAGAACACCACCACCACCAUCAUCCCCACCAUCACCAACAUCAGCACCCCCACCUCCAUCACCACCACCAGGAGCAGCAGCACGACCCAAUAAAGCGUCUCCUGCAAAACCAUCCACCCCCUCUACUCGCCACUUCUUUCACUGCCGCGGCUCCUCUGGUGCUGCAGCAGAACCCUUAUCCCGCCUCUCAGCCUGGCCAACUGGAUUCUGUGUCACGUUCCCACCUCGAAGCACAACAAGGUCAGCAGCUCCUCCUCGGCCUGACGAAGUUACAGGCAGAGAUACAGAAGAGAGGGCCGACGGAUUCUGCUGCCAUGGGAACAGGUUUGUCAUCCCAGAUGCAGGGUGUGGUUUCUCCUCAUGAGCUCCUGCAAAAACUCCAGCUGGUCCAGCAGGAACAGAGCUUGACUUCCCACGAGCAUCCUCGACUCCAUCCGCAUCCAGGACUGGCACCUCGAUUCCUGGGGCCCAGUGCGAGUCAAAGCCAAGGCUCAUCUUUAGGCACAGGCCCAACCCAGACUUCAGUUGCCCCAGAUCAAAAAGCUGAGCUGCAGUUUCAGAUCAUCUCCCCACAGCGGAUACCUGCCACAGUGGCCCCCAUCCUGCUCCUCUCUCCCAGUGUGUUCACUCAGACGAAGUCCAGCAGCAGGCUACCAGUGGCUGCUCCAGAAAGCAGCUCUGUACCCUCAACCUUAUGCAAACCUUCACUGCAGGAGGAGGUCAGAGCUCUUUCUAGAAGCCAGCUUCAAGCAGCACUGCUGCACCUGAUUCAGACUGACAGCUCAUUCCUGGACUCCAUCUAUAAAGCAUACGUCAGCCGCUUCGCUAACAGCUCCGGCAGCAAGUACUGAUGACUCUUCACACCCACUGUCUGUCUGCACACACUUCCUGUCCAAGGGCUGAAUCUGAUGUUUAGUGAACCACUUUCUCCAAAUCUCACUUACUGUAUUUAAUCUCAACAGUCCAACUCACUUAGACCAGUCUUUUAAAAGAUAAAUACAGGAAUAGAAAUGCUAAAUAUUUUUGCUUUUAGCAGUAAAAUACACUUUUUCAGUCUAAAUUACAAAAGUUGGCUACAUUAUAUUGACAAUAAUAAGAACACACUGCUCCUUAACGGUUUUAAAAAAAAAAUUAUAAUGACAACUACAAAUUAUAUUCUGCACAGUUUAUUCAGGUCUUGCAUAACAAUAUAACACUCUUUUAGCAAAUGUCAUUAUCGACCAACAGGCUUUAAACUUGGACUUUGAUUUGGUUUUCUUUAUAGAAUCCAAUUGCAGCAAAUAUGUCAACAUUAUAAAAAAUGUGAUUAAAUUAGGCCUGUGACAUUUCAACGGCAUAUAUCUGGGGGCUUUUUUUUUCAAAUUGUGUUCAGGCUUGUAGUUCACAACUGUUCCUUUCAAAUGCUUGGAACUGAAAAAUAAUUAUGAAAAUGUGAAAGAAAUAACCAGGCCAGAAUGUUGCAAAAUAUUGUCGUUGGAUUGCUAAACCCGAACAAGGACUAAAAAUCCGUCCUUAACACAGUGUCUACCCAAGAAAAAAUUGUUGGCAACAAAGUCUCCUUUUUUGCAUUGCAGACAGUGGGUGUGCAUUGCAUUGAGCUAUGCAGUGGUCGUAAAAGACUCACUUGUCCAAAUCUGUGUUUUGGGGGUUUAAACUGCAUAACUUGUAAUCAAACCUCAAAAUGUUAAAGGACACGGUCUGUUACUCAAGCUCUAUAUGUACAUCAGCAGUUUUUUCCUGCAAAAACAUGAAAUUUGGCUUUAAAAAGUCACUUCAAGUUAAGGUUAUUCUUUUGGAGGUAAACAGGAAUUUUAAAUUGACAGUAGCAGCUGACUGACACAAUCAGUCAUUUGGCUCAGACACAGAGAAAAGAAAACUGUUGUGAAAAAAGCUAAUUAAACAUGGAGGACAGUUGUUUGAAAAGUGGUCAUUAUUGAAAUGCAAUAUGUGGACGUUCAAGGCUCUUUAUGACAAUAGUAGUUGUUUGUCCUAACAUCCUAUUUCUAUGAGGGGAAAAAUGUAUGAUCUUACUCCAAGUUGAAUAAACUAACAAGCUUCAUAGAAAUCUACUCACAGCUACCUCACAGUUUGCUCAUUUAGAUGUGGAGCUAUAAUUUGAUUGUAACAAACAGCAGUUUUUAAGGCUAAUAAUAACAAAACAACUUUAUGUUGAACCUUUCAAGAUGAGAAUCACAAAGUGUUUCACAACAAGGAAAAAAGAAACAAGAAUAUAGGAGCAGAUAGAAUAAUAAAAUGUUAGUUUUUGAAAUUUACUCAUAACUGCAAUGUUUUAGCAUGCUGAAAUGCUCAGGUCGUUGCCACAAAGUGAGCUUCAUAAAACAAGCAACAAAAAUAUGACUAUGUCAACAUAAGAUUGGCACAACUUAACAUUUUAUUCACGUCUUACUUUUUCAGUUUGAUUGAACUGAUGUGUAUUGUCUCAGUAAAACCUUACUUAAAUGACAGAAACGAUUUAAAACACAACAGAGAAAACUUAAGCAUAUCCACUUUCUACUUGGUUAUACUUGGUUAGAAAUUCUUACCUUGGCAGGGUCAGUGUGUGUUUAGCUUUUGCUGUGACGUUGUACAUAGCUGGUCUAUACUGUAGCAGUCAGAUAACAACAGUAAAUGUUUUUAUUAAAAUAAAACAUUAUUUUUGUAUUCCAGAAGGACAACAUGUAGCUUUCACCACACCAGGAAAAAGAAUGCUGCAUUUAAUUUCUAAGAUCUGUUUAUAUUUGAAUUGAAAUAUUGUUUUCUUUUAAUUCAAAGAAAUACAUAAGAAUUGUUU